AUGAAAAUCCCUAAGAGAUUUCACAUGCCCGAUAUCCCGAAGUAUAUUGGGACGACGGAGCCGAAUGAACAUGUGACUGCAUAUACAUGUGCUAUUAAUGGCAAUGAUCUUGCCGAUGACGAAAGAGAAUCAGUGCUACUUAAGAAAUUUAGGCAAACUCUGUCAAAGGGGGAGAUGAUUUGGUAUCAUAACUUGCCCGAGUAUUCAAUUGAUUCAUUUUCCAUGCUCGUUGAUGCUUUCGUCAAGGCUCAUGUCGGGGCCAUCAAGGUCGAAACACAAAAAUCGGACUUGUUCAACGUCAAGCAACGAGAUGACGAGACCUUCCGCGAGUUUGUGAGUCGAUUUCAAAUAGAGCGCAUGGACUUACCCCCAGUCACUGACGAUUGGGCCGUUCAGGAUUUCACCCAAGGGCUCAAUUCAAGGAGCUCGAUCACAUCUAUGGAGCUAAAGCAAAAUCUGAUAGAAUACCCGGUGAUCGUUUGGGCUGAUGUACACAACAGGUAUCAGUCGAAGAUCAGGGUCGAAGAUGAUAAGAUUCUGAGGGCUGCUUCAGUAUCAUGGUAUCAAAAUCGUCCAUGGUGA